AUGCACCGCCACCUCGACUUCCGCCUCGACGAGCUGCAGUCGCUCGCCGUCCUCGCUGGCGUGCAGCCGCCAGCUCAUCACGCCGCGCCACGUCACGAUGACGUGGAAUUGCAGCCGCCUGCCGGCUCGGCUUUAUCUGAGGGAGAGCGGGGCGGAGAGAAGCGGAACGAAGGGGAUCGGGUGGUCGAGGGAGUGAGGGGAGACGAAGGCAGCGAGGAGACGAGGCGGGGAGAAGGGGGCAGUGAGAUGGAAGGACGGGAGGAGUAUGAGAUAUCAGGGGGAGGCGGGAGUGAAUGGGAGCCAGUAAGAUGGAGGAAGCCACGUGGCGAUCACAUGGACUCGCCGUUCUUCUACGUGGAUCUGCCGUCUGAUGACGUGGCGAGGCAAAUUGCCGCUAGAAGCCUGCUUAUAAAGGGGAUAUUCGACAUAUGGGCAGAGGCCCCGACCUACGAGGCACUAAAGCCGCAGGUUGAGGCGAACAUCACCACCAAGAUCGCGCCCUUCACAGCCCCCGGGUCCACGUUCAAGAUCGUGGUGGACGGCUUUGGGAAGAUUUUCUCCAUGGACGAGCAGCGGGAGCGCAUGGAGCGAUUCACAUACAUCCCCUUCCAGGGCAAGGUGAAGCUGGGCUCGCCCGACUACAAGUUCUGGGUGAUAGAGCAGGCAGCAGAAUGCACCAACAACGGCCUCCCACCCAACAUGCCCUUGCGCGUGUUCAUUGGCCGAGAGGUGGCAGUAUCAGACCGCACGGUCGCCACCAAGUACGAGUUGAGUCGCCGGCGCUACUUGGGUCCCACCGCCAUGGACGCUGAGCUGUCGCUACUCAUGGCCAAUCAGGCACUGGCGCGGCGCGGCACGCUCAUGUACGACCCGUUCGUGGGGACAGGGAGCAUCCUGGUGGCUGCUGCUCACUUUGGCGCCGUCACUCUGGGAGCGGACAUUGACAUCCGGGUGGUGCGCGACGGCAAGGGCCCCAAUCGGGACGUGUGGGCCAACUUCCACCAGUACUCGCUUCAACCACCAGUGGGCUUGUUGCGGGCAGACAACAACUGCCCUCCCUGGAGGCAAGACUUAAGAGAGAUGUUCCAUGCCAUCGUCGGUGACCCUCCCUACGGCGUCCGGGCAGGCGGCCGAAAGUCGGGCGGGAGGAAAAUUCUCAACGGGGUGACAGAUCCGUACGCCAUAGCAGACAACUUGAAAGCUGCCCACAUUCCCUCCACCGCCCCUUACUCCCUGGAAGAGUGCCUCCACGAUCUUUUAGACACGUCUGCCCGUCUGCUCGUCAUUGGUGGGCGGCUUGUUUAUUUCUACCCUGCUGCCCGAGAGGAGUAUCUGCCCGAGGAAAUUCCGGGGCAUCCGUGCCUGAAGCUGGUGGCCAAUAGCGAGCAGAUUCUGACCAAGCGGUGGAGCAGGCGGCUUGUGACUAUGGUGAAGGUUGCUCCGUACAGCGGUGACAUGGCAGCUGCACACGUGGCGGCGCAUGAGUGGUUCAGGAAGAAGCAGAUAGAGGAGAGUAGGAUGAUGAGGGAAAUGGGGGAGGCAGGGGAGCAAGCACUAGAUGCUGUGGGAGAGAGGAGUGUGGCUACAGCCGCUGUGGUGGAAAGGGGAGAGGGAGAGCUGGCUGCAGUGAAGGGGGAGGUGAUAGGAGUAAAAGCGGAAUUAGUGGAAGCGAAGGGGAAAAUGACUGGGGUCAAAGGGGAGGUGAUUGGAGUGAAGAAAAUUCUGGGAGGAGUAAAGAACGAGGUAACUGAAGUCAAAAGGCAGUUGACUGGAGUGAAGGAACGGAUGGUGGAGGUGAAGGGCCAGGCGCUGAGAAGCAGCGGCAAGGCAUGCGUUGAGAAGCAGUUGAUCGAGCUAGGAUCAGCAGUGGCUGCAUUGCAGAAGAAUGAUCUCGCAGACACGGGCAUGGAGCAUGUGAAGCAGCUGACGGGGCUGAAGAGGCUGGAGUUGAAGGACUGUAGAUUGGGUGAGAGGGGGAUAGCGUGCCUGGAGAGCCUACCAGGGCUUGAGAGGAUUAAGACUAACGUGGGUACGCUUCUGGCGUUGGACAUCGGUGUGCUUCCGGGGGUAGUAAUUGCCAAGGAGCAGUGCAUUCUGUUUGAGCGCUGA